GUUGACUUAUUUCUAGCAAUCUAUUUAAAUUGUACUUUUAAUUCAAAUAGAAUUAGUGUCAAAAAAGAAAAUAGAUGAAAAAAAAUGGCCAGACUAAACCAAAUCCAAUAUUCCAAGUACAGAUUUUAAGCUUCCUUCCCCACUGUCUGCUAUGUUGCCUUACCCCGGCUCACAGAGCGGAAGAGGAGGAGUUUGGAGCUGAUCCCUCUGACCGCCCGCAUGGUGAUGGCCCACCUGGUGAACCACCUGGGUCACUUCCCACUGCGUGGAGGCCCCGCCGUGCUGCACAGCCUGGUCAGCGAGAACCAUGACAACGUGCACGCCGAGGCCCCCGAACUGUCCUCCGAGGUGUUCCGGAGCCCAAACCUGCAGCUGUUUGUGCUGAAUGACAGCACCCUCAUCUCCUACCUUCAAACGCCCUCAGAAGGGCCAGCAGGCACCUCGCGGGGGGGUACCCUGUCAGACGUCAGAGUCAUUGUGCGGGAUAUCUCAGGGAAGUACUCUUGGGAUGGGAAGGUUUUGUAUGGACCAUUGGAAGGCUGCUUAGCACCCAGUGGCAGAAAUCCUGCAUUUCUGAUUUCGGGCUGGCAACCUCAAGCUUUGGGAGCUCAGAAAGAUUUUUCUCAAAGUGAGGAGGGAGAUGAUGUCCUCGACAAAUUACUUGAAAACAUUGGCCAUACAAGUCCUGAAUGCCUUUUACCAUCACAGCUAAAUCUAAAUGAGCCCUCCCCACCCCCACGGGGAAUGAACCAUGACCAGGAGAAGGAAAUCAUCGAGGUCAUUUUGCGCCAGAAUGCCCAAGAAGACGACUACAUCCAGAGGUGUAACUCUGACUCGGCCAUGAGAGUCACCAGCCAGGAGCAGCCCUCACCAGUAGAGCCACGAGGACCCUUUUAUUUCUGCAGGUUGUUGCUCGAUGACCUGGGGAUGAAUUCUUGGGACAGAAGAAAAAAUUUCCAUCUGUUGAAGAAAAAUUCAAAACUGUUGAGAGAGCUAAAAAAUCUGGACUCCCGUCAGUGCCGUGAAACGCACAAGAUUGCAGUGUUUUACAUUGCUGAAGGUCAAGAAGACAAGUGUUCAAUCCUCUCCAAUGAAAGAGGAAGCCAAGCAUAUGAAGACUUUGUUGCCGGACUUGGAUGGGAGGUGGAUCUCUCAACCCACUGUGGGUUCAUGGGUGGACUUCAACGCAAUGGCAGCACGGGGCAGACCGCUCCUUACUAUGCUACCUCGACUGUGGAAGUCAUUUUCCACGUUUCAACUCGCAUGCCAUCAGACUCAGAUGAUUCACUCACCAAAAAGCUCCGUCACUUGGGGAAUGACGAGGUCCACAUCGUCUGGUCUGAACACUCCAGGGACUACCGCAGGGGCAUUAUCCCGACCGCCUUCGGAGACGUUUCAAUCAUUAUUUACCCAGUGAAGAAUCACAUGUUCUUUAUCGCGAUCACGAAGAAACCCGAGAUUAAAAUAUGUAAAGGUCUCAUUGCGAUGUUUGAGCAAGGAGAGUCCAGAGCAAAGACCCGGAGGAAAGACAUUCACGUGUUGAUUCAUUCAGCAAACAUCUCUGCCCCGGUGACAAAGGGAGGUCGUCAAAGCCUUUCUGGGGAUGUGGUGGUGCCAAGUCUCCUGAGGGCCGCAAGUCCUUCUUGGACCUGUGCCCAUGAGGGCCUCCCCUGGUGCCCUGACUCGGCCUUUCUCUGCUUCCUUUGCAGGGCCCUGGCCGCCAGCCUGAGUGCCUCCCUCUCACGGCACCUCUUAACAAGGAGGAGAUGAAUGAGACUCCCCCUUCCCCCACCCCAAACCCCCAAACACAGAGACUCCGGGAAACAUCACUGCUCUGCUGGCCCUCGGCACAUCUUCCCAUUAACGGACUUCCAAAGUUCAAGGUGAACCCCACCGAAACGUCGCCGGUUGGACUUUCUCACUGGGCCGUGUUAUCUUGCCCUAGAACCUCACGAAACUUGAGCUUCCAAAGAAGAAGAGGGGAGGGUCACCACCACCCAGAGACAGAUGCGCUCUCAUGGGCCUUGACGGGGCUGCUCUCCGCAGGGAUGGCAGGAGAAGAUUCUGGGCUUUCGGGAAGGGGUGGAGUGCAACUGGUUUCUGUACCCCGAGUUGUUUAUAAACCCAAGCAAGAUUCACAGAAGGGCUGGCAAAACAGCUGCUAAACUGAGGAAUUUUCUCUGCAUUGAUUUCACUAGUUCUUAUGUUAGAUUUUAUGGUUUACUCCAAAAUUUCAUCAUCAUGGAAAUUGGCUUUCCCUAGGGUCUUUUGCCCAGGAGAAGUUUUAUCUGGGUUGCUGAGUGUUUUCCACCUGGUGCCUGAUGCCCACUAACGGGGGAGAGGUUUUCCUGACCAUCCUGGAGGCCCUCAGAUGACUCUAGAAACCGGGUCCUGUCCCUGUGAAAGCUCCUGUGGGUCAGGAGGCUUUCAGGGCCCAGCUCAGCACAGCGCCACGUCAACACGCAAGGCGCACACCAGCGCAGGCACUAGACUGAGAUAGGCCCCCCUUGAUGUCCAUCUGCCUCCAGAAGGUUCGCCCUGCAGUUGUGCUCUCCUGCCCACUGCUGGGGGAGGGCCCCGGCACAAAUGGGGGCUUUCUACCCAUUUGGCUCCAAGGAAGGCAUGUUGAGCCUGUUUAAAAAAAAAAAAAAAUAGAAGAAGAAGAAGAAAUGAAAAUCCCUACCUUCUGUCUGUGCUUGGCCAGCAUCCUUGCUGGGGGUCUGAGGGUGUCAGCGACAGAAAAAUCAGUUAGGAAGACCUGUCUGGCCCUCUGCCUCUCACCUAGGCCUACAGCCUGUCUCCAGAGUAAGCCCGUGGCUCAGAAGGGGUGGGGUGGGCAGCACAUAGAACACAGCCGCUAAGGACCCGAGACAGAUCGGUCCCUGCAAGGGUGCUUCCCCGCCUCCCGUGACUCUCUGCCUCUGUGCUCUGUGCCCACUUGGGUGUUCCCCACCCCCACCCCGGCGGCGGCUUUGGUCCCCUUCCUGGCAAGUCUCCUGAGCCCCCUCAGUCCAUCAGGGUGGCCGUUUUCACUGACCAAUCCGUUCUUUCCAUGCGCUGUUGCGUUGGUUUGGCCAGUACCUGACCCUUGUUCCCCACCCCUGCUCCAGGCGCCCACCCUCGCCUUUUAAAUAAUUUGGACUUUCUGGUAGGCACGGUUUGUCCACUAUCGCUCAGACAGCAGACUUGUGUUGAGCAGCUCCACUGGAUAUUUACGAAGUGCCCAGACCUCGUUCCUGCAGGGGAGAGCAUCACCUGUCCCUGGGCUCCAGAGUCCCAGGCAGGCUCUGACAGCCAGUAGCUUCUGGGAGGACAUUUUAUUUCCUGGCUCUAGAAAACCCCUGUGGCAUAAUUCUUGGAUUGAGCUGAAGUGUCAGGACUUGGAAGUCGCAUUGGACUCCCCUGGACUUGUGCUCUGUGAACCAGUCCUCCUAACUGGCAAGUGGGAAACUCGGUUGUAGGCAGCAUAUACCUAGACCUUUCCUGUCAUCCCUCCUGAUUUUAACUUCCCUGUGACCCCAGACUCCAGCCAGCGGUUUGGGGACUGGAGCUGCUUCUGAGCCCACUGUUGUCAGCGGCAGCAUUGGGGUGGAAUAGGGAGCAGGGAAUCUAGCAACCAGGUUUGCUUACGAUCACAUGGACCUGAAUCACUUUUGUUAUUUGGGGUGGAAAAUUGAAAUGAUCAAGCUCUUUUUUUUUUUUUUUUCACUU